AUGACUCCACAGCUUCUUUUGGUGUCCUUCGUACUUGCUGCACUAACUCUUGAAACUACAUUUUCUCUCCAACCAGACCAGCAAAAGGUUCUACUAGUUUCAUUUGAUGGAUUCCGCUGGGAUUACUUAUAUAAAGUUCCAACACCCCAUUUUCAUUAUAUCAUGCAAUCCGGUGUGCAUGUGAAGCAAGUUACUAAUAUUUUUAUUACAAAGACCUACCCUAACCAUUAUACCUUGGUAACUGGCCUCUUUGCAGAGAACCAUGGGAUUGUGGCAAAUGACAUGUUUGAUCCUAUUCUGAACAAAUCUUUCUCCUUGGAUGACAUGAAUAUUUAUGAUUCUGAGUUUUGGGAAGAAGCAACACCAAUAUGGGUUACCAAUCAGAGGGAAGGACAUAGCAGUGGUGCAGCCAUGUGGCCUGGAGCAGAUGUAAAGAUACAUAACAGCUUUCCUACUCAUUACAUGCCUUACAAUGAGUCCAUGUCAUUCGAAGAGAGAGUUGCCAAAAUUAUUGAGUGGUUUACAUCAAAAGAGCCCAUAAAUCUGGGUCUUCUCUAUUGGGAAGAGCCUGAUGACAUGGGUCACCAUUUGGGACCUGACAGUCCCCUCAUGGGGCCUGUCAUAUCAGAUAUUGACAAGAAGUUAGGAUAUCUCAUACAAAUGCUGAAAAAUGCUAAGUUGUGGAACACUGUGAACCUCAUCAUCACAAGUGACCAUGGAAUGACCCAGUGUUCUAAGCAAAGGGUGAUAGAACUUGACCAGUAUGUGGAUAAAGAACACUAUACCCUGAUUGACAGAUCUCCAGUAGCUGCCAUCUUGCCCAAAGAAGGUAAAUUUGAUGAUGUCUAUGAAGCACUAGCCCAUGCCCAUCCUAAUCUUACUGUUUACAAAAAAGAGGAGAUUCCGGAAAGAUGGCAUUACAAAUACAACAAUCGAAUUCAACCAAUCAUAGCAGUGGCUGACGAAGGAUGGUACAUUUUACAGAAUAAGUCAGAUGACUUUCUGUUAGGCAACCAUGGUUAUGAUAAUGCAUUAGCAGAAAUGCAUCCAAUAUUUUUAGCCCACGGUCCUGCCUUCAGAAAGAAUUUCACAAAAGAAGCCAUGAACUCCACAGAUCUGUACCCAAUGCUGUGCCACCUCCUCAAUAUCACUGCUAUGCCACACAAUGGAUCACUCAGGAAUGUCCAGGAUCUGCUCAAUUCAGCAACUCCAAAAGCAAUUCCUUAUACACAGAGUACUACCCUCCUCUUUGGUAGUGACCAACCAGGAGAAUAUGAGCCAGAGGAGGCAUACCCUUAUUUCAUAGGACUCGCCCUUGGCAGCAUUAUAGUGAUUGUAUUUUUUGCAGUUUUCAUUAAACAUUUAAUUCAAAGUCAAAUGCCUGCCUUACAAGAUAUGCAGGCUGAAAUAGUCCAACCAUUAUUACAAGCCUAACGCUAUGCUGAUGUGGAAUUGCAUAUUGAAGUGGAAAUUGCAUAAUUGUGUCAGUGUUCAAAGGUUUCAAUUCUAGGAAACCAGUUUCAGACAUUUGCAGAGACCAUCAAGCAGUAAUGUAUGUAUUUAGGCACAGUCAUACACACAUGUGCACACA